GAGAUCUGCUGAAUGAUUUCAUUGGGUUCCAGCACUGGAGCUAGAGACCAAAGUCUGGGCAAAACUGCUUCUAAGACUCGGGAGAUAAUAGACCUGAGGUGGGUUGUACACGGUUUGCCUUUUUCCAGCAGUGUGAUGUAACCAGUGAACAGAGCACCACUUUGAAGGCAUUGUAUAAGUCCAUCAGCCCUAAUGUGGCAUAGGCGGCCAACAGCAGCUCAUUGGGCCGACAUUUCAAGGCAAAGAUCGAUCCUCUCCCUGCAAUGAGGUCUUAGGAGCUUCUGUUGGCAUUUCUGUAGCUCUGCGUUUUCACAGAAUGGGGUUAUUAGCCCCAUGUCGACCCCUCCUCCUUUCACAGCUGGCUUGGGGCCAUCCAUGGUGGAGUUGUCUGGAGGGCAUGGUGCAGGCAAAUCCUUCUGUUAAAGCUAUACUGAAGCAUGCUUUGGCUGUUCCUAACAUCCCAUAAGUCUUGGAUAUCAAAAGCUGUUUUGAUGUUUCUGAAAUGCUGAAAUUUCAGACUACAUGUCUGAUUUCAUGAAAAUCAACAACAACAAAAAAAGAAAAUACAGAAAAUGCUGGAAGCAGCUGACCAGGUGGCAUCUGUGGAAAGAGAAACAGUUAAAGUCCAGGUCCUCCUUCACAACGGACCCUUCGCUAUUUCUGGCCCGAAUGCAUUGACCCAUUCUAUUUAUUUAUUUUUUUAUGCAGAGAUAGUGGUGCGAUCACUCGAGUGGAAUAUGGUAUUCUCCUAAGGGGUCACGUAUUGGUGGGUCCUGUGGUGGCUGUAGAGGCCUGACUGGGAUCCGCAUAUUCUGGUGCAGUGUGGUUAGUGUUUGGGUCUUUUGAUUGUUCAGUCCCUCCUUUCGCAGCUUCCAGUUGUUCUCUGCGGCACAACAGAGGUUGCUGUCAUGUCGCGUGGCUUCCUCUUGAACAGAUUUCCUCCAGGUGUGUGUAUUGAGUGUAAUGUAAGGUUAUAGACCCUCCAGAGCCCACACCACCCAGUUACACCCAUGUGACCAAUUAAGCUGCUAGCCCGUACAUCUUUGGAAUGUAGGAGGAAACCAGAAAGCCCCCAUAGUCAUGGGGAGAGUAUAAAACUCCUUGCUGACAGCGGCGGAGUUGGUGCUGUAAUAGCUUUAUGCUCCCCUGCCACCCGGACUCUGUAUCUCUUUCCACAGACGCUGACUGACCUGCUGUUUCCAGAAUUCUCUGUUUUUAUUCCAGCUAAGUUGAUAGGGUUGUUAGGAAAGCUUAUGGUGUGUUGGCCUUUAUUAGUCAGGGAACUGAGUUCAAGAGCCGUAAGGUAAUGCUGCAGCUUUAUAAAGCUGUGGUUAGGCCACACUUGGAGUAUUGUGUUCAGUUCUGAUCGCCUCAUUGUAGGAAGGAUAUGGAAGCUUUAGAGAGGGUGCAGAGGAGAUUUAUCAGGAUGAUGUCUGGAUUAGAGAGCAUGCCUUUUAAAGAAAGGUUGAGUGAGCUAAGGCUCUUUGGAGUGAAGGAAAAUGAGAGGUGUUCAAGGUAAGGGGCAUAGAUCAGAGGGUUGCAGGCCUAGAGAAUGUUACAAAAAUAAGUUGGGGGUAAGGAAUACUGUGGUGGUAAGACCACUGUAGGAUUUAGUACAGCAGCAAACAUCUAAAGCUUAAGAGAUCGAGGGGGGAUAGGGUGGAGGUGUUGGACGCUGCUGUAGUCAGAAAGCACUGGGGAGAUCUGGCCCCCACUACCCAGCCAAGAUGUGGUAGAGAAAAUUGCCCAACAUAUCUGAAAAUUUUCAACUUUGGGGAAGAAAAUGAAGACCUCAUAAUGAAAACCCGAAAAAUCACCCUCUUCAACUCAUCAGUUCAGAUCAGCAGACCUUGCAUGAACACGUGUUCUGGAACAGCAGAAUUUGCCAAAAAAAAGGGUGGGAAUUCUCAGCAGCCAGUAGCGUUUAUACUUCCAAAAAGGCCAGCUUCGUAAGUUGGCUGUGUGAAAACCUGAAAUUGGGCGGGGUGAUUGUGUGGGUUGGUUAUUAAGCACUAAUUUAUUUAGGAAUCUUAUUUGGAGGAGACUUGGCUACAAUUCAAAGUUCAAAGUAAAUUUAUUAUCAAAGUGCGUACAGUGUAUAGUAUACCAUGUACUACCCUGAGAUUCAAUUUCUUGCAGGCAUUCACAGUAGAACAAAGAAAUAUAAUAGAAUCAAUGAAAAACACAUGAACAAAAAUUGACAAACAACCAAUGUGCAAAAGAAGAGAAACUGAGCAAAUACAGUAAUACUGACAAAAUGAGUUGUAGAGUCCUUGAAACUGAGUCCAUAGGUUGUGUUCAAGGUUCAAAGUACAUUUAUUAUCAAAGUACGUUUGCAGUAUACAAGCCUGACAUUUGUCUUUCCACAGACAGCCACGAAACAAAGAAACACCAUGGAACACAUUCAAAGAAACCAUCAAACAUCCUAUGCGCCAAAAAAAAAGAACGAAUCGCGUAAACCGCAAAAAGAACAAGCGAAUAACACACAGAAUACUAAACAUCAAACUGCAGAGUCCUAGAAGCAGUCUAGUUCAGUUCAGUCCAAUUUAGCACUAUAUCGCUCGUUGACAGCAGCUACAGAGCCAGUCCGCCCCGAACAAAAUCGCGCAAAAUAGCAAUAAAGAAGGAGUAAUCAGAAACCAGAAACACAUCUAACAUGAACUGCAGCAUCCUCUAAAGACGAGUCCAGUCCAUAAUCCGCACCAAUUUGUGAUCAGUUCAGCGCUGAGUUGCAAGGAUCUAUAAAGAGGAAGUUGGAGAGCAAUGGAUCACCUGCCAAUCAUGACAAGAUCAGUGAACUCUCUGACGGUGCGUUCUCGGGCGAGGUUAAGAGGAUCUGCCUGGACGAUGUCAAUCUUCCGAUGGGUCAGGGAGACGUGUCCAGUGUCCUGCGAACAGAUGUGCACAAUUCCUCACUGCCAAUUGGGCACCGCGGGCAGGGUCUGCAAAAUUCUGCCCCCAUGGGCUCGUCCUUGGGUUGUGUAACUCCAGGGACCAACACGGGCCUCCUGAGUGGCAACCAAGCAAACGGUGGCAACAUCAGCUCGCAGUUUGCUGUGACAUCCAACGCAGAGAUGAAACCGAAUGUGGGCGAUGGACACACCAUGUUUUUUGACUCCAAAGCGGCCAACAAUUUAACCAUGGAUCCCGACUUGGUGGAUCUGUUGGAGGAAUUGACAAAUAUACCAAAUUCCCCAUUAAACGAACUUGAUAUUUUGAGCACCAGGAGUGACCCACUGAACUUGGGCCUUGUGCAAACAAGUCAGAGCACUACUCGAAAGUCGUCUCCGCAAGCAGCUUCGCACUUGGAGAACCCCAUCCCCAACCGAGAAUUCUCCCCCAAUUUCAAUCAGGCGUCUGGCGGUUCUCCUCAGAGGAGGCCCUCCUCGGCUGGCACAUCGUACCCGUUGCCUGCUCCACCCAAUCACAUGCCAUUGCCAAUGUCCUCGGCAUCUCAGAACCAGGUCCCGAGCCAGAGCCAGGCACCGCUGCUGUCUGGCACCGGGGCCAGCCGAGUUGGAGCCAAUUGGCAUGAAUUGUCGCACGCGCAGCAGCUGAAGAAGAUAGCGGCCAGCCAGCACCAGCGCUCCGUCUCGCAGCAGUCUCACCCGCAGCCGGGUCAGGCAGCCAGCUGGCCUCCGGUUCCCUCCUCUGGGCCGUCCCCACCCUACCAACCGGACAAGCUCCCUAGCCCCUCUCUGCAUCAGCAGUCCUUCAGCCCUCCCAACGCCAUCCUGCCCAGCCUCCCGCCAUCAAGCAACCCUGCCAGCACAAUGCAAAGUUACCUGUACAGCAAAGCGGCCACUAGCCAGCCUGGCCGCAUCGCCAUGUUGGGCCAGCAGCAGAGUGGCCUGAGCCAGGGCCCGAUGAACGAGAGCAGCCUGCCUUCGGAGCAGCUGUCGCUCAGCAACACCAAGCCGCUGUCGCACUUUGACCCGGACCUUCCCGCGCCGAAGAUGCCUUCGGUUGCCGGCGGGCAGAGCCAACCGGCUGUGGUGCAUUACAUGCACCAGGCCCCCGCAGGCGUGCAGCAGCCUCCGCCGUCCGGUUCCAGUCAGCAGCUGCAGUUUCGCAACAAAUUCCGGAUGCAGCAGCUGAGAAUGCAGAACAGCAUUCAGCAUUCGCCGGAUCCCAAUCCCGGUAAUAAUUACAUAAAAGCCACAUCGCACGCCUUCCUCAAGCACCAGCUUCUGAAGAAACAUAAUCUUCUCCAGCAGCAACUCAUGGCUGACCAGGAAAAACAAAGACAACAUGAGCAAAGAAAUGGUCACAUGAUCCGCGUAUCCCCUGAAUAUAAGGAGCAGAGGAGCGUGUUUGGAGUUCAGCAAUUAAAUCAGUUUCAAGCUGUGGCACAACCUUUGCCUACAAACUCCGGGCAGCCUCUGCCAACACCACAGUCAGCCCAUUGCGGUAUGCGGCGGAACCCCGGCCUUCUGCAGGCGACGUCUCAGAACAAUCUUGGGCCCGGGGUACCUGCAGUGACUGCCAGUCAGGCCGACCGGACCGUGGGGAUGUACCCAAAUAACACUGGCAACCAGCAGAGUGUUUACAUGCCGCCAUCUGGCCUCAACAUGCCUCUCCGGCCAAGCCAGAACGCUUUGGGAAUGAGAUCAACCAGCCAGCCAGUGCCGAGCCAGGCUAUAAUCCAGCAAAGGACACCAAUCUCGGCGUUCAGUGGUUCUGUGCCGAACCCGGCUGCGCCUCCCCAGCACGUGAGGCAGUCCAUAAACCAGGCAGGGGCUAGUAUGCCCGUCCAAGGAAUUUCAACCGCGUUAGCCACCUCUGGCAUGGCUCCUCAAAUGUGGGCGCAGCAAAGGAUUCAAGGAAUGCAGAAUCAGACCAAAAUGGACGGUGGCAUGCCACAUUUCCCAAAUAACCCAUUGUUCCCCAAACAGACCAUGAGGCCAAAUCUGCCCGUGCAUCCGUUUCCCCACCAGACCAUUGCGCCACCAAACCAGAUAGCCCCGGGAGGACAGAUGAAGCCACUGCAGCAACUGAACCCGGGCCAGACUGGACAAAACAUGGUCUCCAUGAGCGGCCCGAACUCGAGGCAUAAUCAGCCAAGGUUACCCUCGGCAGCCAUGGGCAGCAUGAAACCUGUGCCGCAGGGCAUUACCAGUAUGAGCCAGACUCACCCAGUGCCAGGUCUCACUGCCGCCAGCUACGUAUCCAGUGGGCAGUCGUCGGCAUCCUAUAACCGAAUGAACCCCACCACCGAGGUAUCCACCUAUGACUUUCUGCAGCAUAACAACAGCAAUGCCUUGGGGGCAGCUCGGAAUGAGCCGGACUUCAUAGAGUCCAUUAUGAAGGGAAGCAGCAGUAACGAUGACUGGAUAAACGACUUAACGCUCGAUGACUUUUUGGGGCAGCAUUCCUAAAGCCUGGUCACUGGGUGCGAUUUAUCUGCCCGCCAGGCUGCUGUACAUAGAGAGCGCCCAUCUACACAUUGCAGUAUUGGACUGAGACUAUCGAGCACGUGUGUAGGUGUGGACACUAUAACUUUCCAUUUACGAGCAGGUGCAGGUCACUGGAUAUACCCAGUGUACUGCCUGCAACACUGAAUUUUAAAGUGGCAAUACAUAAAUUAAUGUAUUUGUUCAAAAUAUUCUGUAAAUUAUGUUUUCCUAAUAAAUAUUGUAUGUCAGGAAGGAGUAAUUAUACUUGGUUGGAUCAUUUGUCAAUAAAAUACAGUAUAGGCAAAAUCAUUGUUUUUAUAUUAGCAAAUUUGUUUAUUUUUAUUUGGUAUAAAAUAUGCAGACUACAUUGUUCAAUCAGUAAUACUAUGUAUUACAAUGUUAAGAUGCAGGUUGUGUUUUUAACAUGACUUAGGCAGUGCAGUCUUGUGUUAUACAGGUGACUUAUUCCUGGAUUUUCAUUCACCGCCAGUCCCAUUUUGAUUUAAAGUUCAAAGUUCAAAGUAAAUUUAUUAUCAAAGUAUGUAUACCAUAUACAACCUUGAGAUUCAUCGUUACCACAGUGAGCAAACAACUGAUGGAAUGGUUGUCAAUAUGAAAUUGCUUUCUUUGUAAUCUGUCAGCUCAUGUUGACAAUCUGUACAUUUUGUAUGUGCAUUCUACCAAGAUAUUAUGAACUUCAUAAUGUAUUUUUUUGCCGAAAAAAUUUUUUGUGAUCUCAUGUUUUAUUUGUUAUAUGCAUUUCCUUUCCUGCCUUGAAUGUGUUUCUUUUAUUUUUAAUUUAAUACCAUCUUGGAGCACAAAUAGUAUGACAAGUUUCUCUUUCAUUAUCAUAAUAAACUUGCCUUGU